AUGUGGGCGAUUUUUCCUGGCGCGAUCGCUCUACUAGGAUCAGUAUUUUUACUGUUCAUUCGAAAUCGAACGAAAAAAGCCGUCUCUAGACCACCGAAUGUCUCCAUAGAGAAGCAGUCAAUUCCAGUGAAGGAUGAACCUGGUGUCUACAAAAGCGGACUGCUCCCGUCGGAUGAUCAGCUGGUUAUCGAGAACAUGUACCCAGGCCUAAACACCUUAUACGACUUAUUCUGCAAAGGGCUAAAGGAAAGCAGAGAUGGUCCAUGUUUGGGAACUCGAGGCUCCGAUGGUCAGUAUCGCUUCCAAAGAUAUUCCGAAGUGCUGAAGGAUGCGAGCAAUUUCGCCUCUGCGGCUAUAGGCGAACUCGAAAUGAAAGCA